AUGCAGCCUAGGAGUCACGGCGACUCGUCCAGGAAAAAAGCAAUUUUGGAGGCUAGUUCGAUUGUGACGCAGCUUAAAUUCGCUCCUCGCUGCGGGACCCGCCCUUUGACGCUUCCGUCCGCACGCACGCGAACAUCCGCCUUCCGCAUUGCGAGGCGAGGCCUUGGCCCCGCCCCAGCCAGUGUCCCGAACAUGCGCGGUCGCUUCCCCUGCCGGCCGGCCGUACGUCCGGCGUGCGUCAAGAUGGCGGCCUCCUUGCCGCGCACGCUUCUGAGCCGGUUCCCUAACCUCUUGCGAAGCUCCUAUGGCGUUCAGGUUCCCCUCCGGACUCUUUGCACCAAAGGUCCUCCUGAGGAAGGUUCUCCGUCCUCACUUCCCAUUUCCCCUUAUGAGAAUGAGCCGUGGAAAUACCUGGAUUCAGAAGAGUACCAGAACCGCUAUGGUUCUCGCCCCAUUUGGGCCGACUACCGCCGCAAUCACAAGGGUGGUGUACCCCCACAGCGUACCCGAAAGACAUGUAUUCGUAAAAAUAAAGUUGCUGGAAAUCCUUGUCCUAUCUGCCGGGAUCACAAGUUGCAUGUUGACUUUAGGAAUGUGAAACUCUUGGAACAGUUUGUUUGCGCCCACACUGGUAUGAUCUUCCACGCCCCAUAUACAGGGGUCUGUAUGAGGCAGCAUAAGAAGCUGACCCAGGCCAUCCAGAAAGCCAGGGAGUGUGGGCUCCUCAGUCACUACGUUCCCCAGGUUGAGCCCCGAGACGCUGACUUCAGCGCUGUCCAUGGGGCUGUCAGUGUCACCCCGCCGGCCCCCACGUUACUGUCAGGCCAGCCUUGGUACCCGUGGUACAGCUGGCAGCAGCCACCAGAGAGAGAACUGUCCCGCCUUCGCCGCCUCUAUCAAGGAAACCUCCUCGAAGAAAGUGGCCCCCCACCUGAGUCGAUGCCUGAGGUGCCCAGUACACCACCAGCAGAAGCCUCCCCUGAGCAGACGGGCUCCCAGAGUGCUUAGAACCUGUGAACUAGGGUUAUGUGAUGUCAUGUGUUCUGAAACGAGUCUGUUUGGGGACAGUGACGACCCUGAAGAGCAGGUGAUUGCUGAAGAAGACAGACCCAUCUGAGGUUGAGGAGAGAGGUCUAGAUGCACAUGGGAAACUGACUGGAGGGGUCCGACAUGAACAGGAGACUCCUCACUUGUGUGUGUCCUGGAUACUGAGUCCCUGUUUUAAACCUGUGGCCCAGCUCUUCUACAAUAAAGCUGUCUCUCUCUG